AUGUCGCGAGACUUCCAAUUUGUCACCGUCUCUAACCCAGCUGAGCCUGUCUCCAAGCAUGUCCGGAGCUUAACUCACUCCCAUGCUGUUCGGCAGAGGCAUGCUAAGGAGAGAAGACUACGAAUGCAGAAACAUCAGGAGGACAUGGCUAAAAAUGCGGAGAGUACUUCAUUGAACAAGGUUCUUGGGUAUAGCUGUGAUCCGUUUGCCGCGCUUCCGAAACAGCUCUUGUCUCAUGAGACCUUUCUUCUUGAUCACUAUAUCCGCGUCGUCGUUCCAUAUAACGUCAAGACAUGUCGUCUUUUCGAUCAGAUGAACGACCAUGUAGGACAUGUAAUGCGUGAUUGGGUUGGUCUCGCCAUAACAGACAGCGAUCUUCUGUGUUCCAUCAUUCUCCUCGGCGCAUGUCGCCACAUCGUUAGCAACAAUCCCAACUCUGGUUUGAUGCAGGCCGCGCUACAGUACAAGUACAACGGUCUUAAGGCAUUACGCCAUGCUGUUAGUGGCACCUCACCGACUCUUAGUGCAGUGACUAUUGCAAAAGCCUGUGCUAUGGCUUUAGACGAGGUAAGCUAUGGUGAAGCUGUUGUUGCGAGGCAGCAUAUUCAGGGUGUGUUUGCGAUGAUAGAAGCGGCAGGGGGCUCGCAGUGUCUUGAUGGGACGGGACUGCUGAAGCGCAUGUAUCUUAGAUUCCUUGAGAUGCGGGAAAGUCCAGGGCUACAGUUACCAAAGGGUAUUGCUUACUCCAGCCACUGCUGGUAA